UUGCUACUGUUAUUUCCAUAAUCGGAAGCAAGAACGUAAAGCAGGUGUCAAGAAGCCACCUAAUUAAGGAAUGGAUACGAGCAGGUUGCGGAGGCUGCAGAAUUCAGCCGCAGAAGGAGAUGUGGCUGCAUUAUUUUCAAUAGUUGCGGAGGAUCCAUAUGUUUUGGAGCGUAUUGAUGAGAUACCAUUUGUCACUACUCCCUUACACACAGCUAUAAGCGAGGGAAAUAUCCAUUUCGCUAAGGAAGUGGUAAACUUAAAGCCAACACUUGCUUCGAAGCGUGACCAUCUUGGCCGUAGCCCCCUUCAUUUGGCUUUGGAGGCGAAGAAGCUGCAGGAAGGGCGUAGUCCCCGUGACUUGGAUUUGGAGGAGAAGUACCAGGAACUGAUAACAUGGUUGAUAGAAAUUCACCCUGAGCUUGUCCGUGUGAAAGCAAAGGGAAUGGUUACUCCUCUGCACUACGCAGCUCAAAUAGACGAUGAAUUCAAUUUGGCUGAUUUUUUGUAUGUUUGUCCAUCAUCUAUCAAAGAUUUGACAGUUAAAUGUGAAACUGCCGUCCAUGUUGCCCUCAAAAACAGGAGUAUUGAGGCUUUUAAAGUAUUGUUAGGAUGGCUUCGACACUUCGACCAAGAAGAGGUCCUAAUUUGGGAGGACGAAGAUGGAAACAACGCAUUGCAUACUGCAAUUUCUGAAAAUCAACCUCAGGCGGUGAAGCUGUUGAUCAGAUAUAUGAACGUAAAUAGAAAGAACGGAAAGGGAUUGAGAGCCUUGGACAUUUUCUACGAUCGCCAACAGUCGUUGAAUUCAGAAAUUGGGCAAAUUUUACUUGGUGCUAAAGCUAGAAGAGCAUCUGAAGUAAUCCGUUGUCGGUGUAACGUUGGAAAAUCAGUUGAAAAACUAUUAAUUAAAACUUUCUUCGGCUACAAAAAAUCACUUGUCGACUACUUAUGCGGAGAAUUAGUAUUAACGGAAGUAAUUAUGAAACACGUGAGGCUUGGUGACCGAAUCAUUAAUAGAAUUCCUCUUGAAGCCCAAAACGUGAUACUUGUGGUGGCGAUAUUGACUGCGACAGCCACCUACCAAGCUGCUCUCAGUCCCCCGGGAGGACUUUGGCAAGACGACGGCGACGAGGCAACGAACAACAAGACUACUGCUACCAGUAACACCACAAAUACAACCCACAGCAGUAAAAAUUUUCCGGGUUCACUCACCAACUUGAUUUUUAAAGCGCGAUCAGAACAAAUUGCGGGGCAUAUGGUUCUGGGGUCUUUAUAUCAUUUAAAUUUCAUGUUAUUUAAUACGGUGGCUUUUUCUACGUCUGUGUGCACAAUUAUUAUUGUCACAAUUGGGCUCCGUUUUUCCCAAAUCAUUGGCCUAUCCACAACUUUGAUCGUGAUUGCUUAUUGUUUUGCGCUGACAGAAACCUCCCCCUUCCCAUUUGGUUCAGUUUUAUGGUAUUUGUUUUGUAUAUUAGUGACUUUAAUUGGAGGUGCGGCAUAUUUUAUUCCACUCGUUUUAUUUCUCCGAGAGCGGCUGCUUAAAUUUUACGGGCGGGGGAAACUACGUCUGGGAAGCUUGGAACAACCAAAGAUGUGAACAACCAAAGAGGCGUUAGAGACUUUAUAUUAUGUU